AUAUGAGCUAUUUUCGAAUUAUAUAUACACGGUAUCGUGUGUGUGACAAGUCGUUGAAAUCGAUGAGAAAAAUAAUUCAUCUUUUAUCAUAUAUAAUUUAUAUAUGAGAGAAUGAUGAACAUUCAGUGACCUAAUUUGUGUUUAACGUUAUUCUUUGGAUAAAUAAUAAUUAUAUAAGAAUAUAUAAAAAAAGAAGAAGAAGAAGUUGCAAAUAAAUAGCGAGAAAGUAAAUUUAUUGCUUUUGAUACAAAUGCCGACACUUUCUGCGGUGCAAUGACAUUUUAAUGAAAAUAUUCCUAUUAGAAAUUACAAUUAUGAACAAAUUUCAUAAAUAAUUAUUGAAAAUUAAAUGGAGUGCACUGAAUAUUUAAUUUCAAUAUUGUCCUGAAAAAAGAGAGGGAAUAAAAUACAAUUCUUUAGAAGGAGAACAUGGAUGAUGCUGUGAUUGAUGUGCUCGAAAGAGCUGGCAAUCAAGAUCCUAAUGUUUUCAAACCAGCUGUGCAAACUUUACGACAAUGGGAAACAGAAAGAGGUUUUUACACCGCUCUGUUUAAUGUAUUUUCAAAUCACAGUCUCCAUGUGAAUAUCAGAUGGCUGGCUGUUUUAUAUUUUAAAAAUGGUGUCGACCGUUAUUGGCGCAAAGGUGCUCCCGGCGAAAUUGCCGAGGAUGAAAAGGAAUUUCUACGAGGUGGUUUAAUUUCAAGGUUUGACGAACCUGUUAAUCAACUCGCUAUACAAAUUUCAGUGCUGAUCGCAAAAAUUGCAAGAUUUGAUUGUCCAAAAGUGUGGAAUUCAUUGGUGCCAACAUUAUUGGAAGUGAUACGUGGACAGGAUCCACUGGCACAACACAGAUCACUUUUAACUCUCCAUCAAGUUGUUAAAACAUUGGCCUCGAAACGAUUAAUGUUCGAUCGCAUUCUCUUUCGUGAAUUAACCACAAAUGUGUUCAAUUAUAUUUUGAAUUUAUGGAAUACGUACACGGAAUCGUUUCAUAUGCUAGUGACGAACGGAGGUGACAUCAAUCAAAUUCAAGAGACAUUGGAAAAGGCUUUAUUGUUAUUAAGGAUAUUGAAAAAAUUAGUUGUCAAUGGAUUUCCAAAGCCCUCCGAGUCACAGGACGCAAUGCUGUUUCUCAAAGUUAUUUUCGAAAAGGCUAAAAUUAGUCUUGAAUGCAGAAAAACACUUCAAUCGAGAGGCAUACAAAUGAUCGUGUGCGAUAAAUUUAUAAUCCAAGUCACCAAAAUUCUAUUAGAAGUUUUGGAUAUGCAUCCAUUUUGCUAUGUUGAAUUAAUUCCCACGUCUUUGGAAUUUUCCGUAUUUUAUUGUUUCACUGAAGCCGGACAGAGUCUCGCCUUUGAGAGAUUUAUUAUUCAAUCUUUAAAUUUAAUGAAGUCUAUUUUACUUGCUAAGGAUUACAGAAUAGGAAAAUCAUUUGACGACACGAAAAAUCCACUAAUGCUACGAGCAUAUCAAUUGAAACAAGAAUUUUUUACCCCUGAAACGUUAAACGAAAUUUGCAAAAGACUAGUGACACAUUAUUUUCUAUUGACACCGGCGGAUCUCGAACUUUGGGACUCUGAUCCUGAAAAUUUUGUCUUAGACGAUGGAGGCGAGUCUUGGAAAUACAGUUUAAGGCCCUGUACGGAAUCGCUGUUCAUGACAAUUUUCAAUCAAUUCACGGAGGUUCUCUCCGCAGUUUUGGUUGAUUUAAUGCAAAGACAUCAUCAACUUGUGGAUCCAAAUGAUUUCCAUGCAAUUUUAAUGAAAGACGCGGUUUACAAUGCCGUUGGCCUUGCAGCAUUCGAUUUAUAUGAUGAAGUCAAUUUCGAUCAAUGGUUCUCGACAACGCUCAAGGAAGAGCUCAAAAUAAAGAGCAAUCAUUACAGAAUAAUAAGAAGGCGAGUCUGUUGGCUUAUUGGUCGAUGGACAUGUAUAAAAUUGAGUGUUGAAUUAAGACCCGAACUUUAUGGAUUAAUGGUGGAAGCCUUGAGUCCUGAUGAGGAUUUAGGUGUUCGAUUAGCUGCGAAUGACGCCUUAAAACUUGCAAUCGAUGAUUUUCAAUUUAAUACAGAGGAUUUUUCGCCAUUUUUGGAACCGGCAUUUUCGUUAUUAUUCGCUCUUCUCAAGGAAGUUAACGAAUGCGACACAAAGAUGCGUGUGCUUUACGUUCUGUCUUUUAUGAUCGAAAGGGUGGGAAGUGGAAUAAAGCCGCAUAUUUCUGCGUUGAGCGGAUAUCUUCCUGAACUUUGGCAACAAUCAGAGGAUCACAAUAUGUUGCGUUGUGCCAUUGUCUCCACUCUUGUUCAUUUAGAAAAGGCAAUGGGAGCGGAAAGUAAUGUUCUGGAACCUUUUGUCGUUGGGGCAAUUGCUCUAAGUUGUGAUGUGAAUCAAGAAGGACAUGUAUAUUUAUUACAAGAUGGACUCGAACUUUGGUUGGCUCUUGUUGAAAAUGCGCCAAAUUUAACGUCCAAUAUUUUGGGUCUCUUUCAAAAUAUGCCUUCACUUCUAGAAAUGUCAUCAGAAUAUUUGAUUUCGUGUUUGUAUAUAAUACAAGGAUAUGUAUUUCUAAGUCCUCAAGAAUUUUUGAGAGAAAACGGUCCAGUGAUAAUGGAGACGUUAAGAUCAAUUCUUGGAGAUUUGAGAUCAGAGGGAACUUUAGCAAUUAUGCGACUCCUCGAAGCAUGUCUCAAAGCAUCGCCACAACAAGCGACGCACGCAAUCAAACCUCUACUUCCACGAAUAUUCGAAGGCGUUUACAAGGGCGAAGAAUAUCCUCAAGUAAUGAGCAUGUAUCUUUCCAUAAUGGCUCGAAUUUUUCUCAAUUCACGUGACAUGUUCGUUGAAGUGAUAAGGGAAUUAUCGAGACAAAUUGGAGGCGAUGUGAAUGAAGAAAAAGUUCUUGGGCAAAUAAUAAAAGUUUGGAUAAAUAAAAUGAGUCUUGUACAUCAACGUGAUCAGGAGAAAUUAUUGGCUAUUGUACUUUGCUCGUUUCUUGAUGCAAGCAGUCCUCCCAGCGUUCUGCAAUAUUUUCCGCAAAUGUUGACAAAUAUUGUUUAUACGUUAAAUGACAUUUCAAAAAUGGACGACAUGAAUUCUCCAGUAGAUUCAUUAAUUUCUGAUGACGAUCGUACACCAUCGCAAUAUGAAGAAGCAGAAUAUGAAACUGAACAUGCAAAGCGAAAAAAAGAAAUCGAAUCAAAUGACGUUAUGCACAAAGUAUCAUUGAAGAAUUUUCUUCAAACGCAGCUAAAUUCCUUGAGAAGAAUUGUAGGAGUUAAUCAAUUUGAUCAAAUGAUGCACUCGGUUAGUACGGAUAUAAAUAAACAACUAAAGGAGUACAUAUCUCUGGCAACGUAAACUAUACCGCAUGUGGCAAAAAAAAAAAACGAAAAAAAGAAAAAGAAAAUGGUAAAUAUUAUUCAAACAAAUCACUCCAUAAUUAUGUAAAAAGCUUUACGUACUCCAUUGUAAAACGGUCCUAUUUUACUGUAUUAUACUUCUUGUUUAAUUGUACCGAUAAUGUUCAUAAUAAAAGAUGAAUUCAAAGUUUUA